CACCUCCUUUAUAUCACCCCAGGUUUUCCUUUCUCUUCUCUUCUACCAUUUUUCAACCCUUCCUUCUUCCUCUCGUCAUCUUCUUCCCUCCAUCAUCUCUUCAUUAUCUCUAUCAUCAUCAUCAUCUUCUUCUUCUUCUCAUCAUCUCCAUCAUCAUCCCUAUCAAUCUUCAUCCCACUCUCCUCAGCUAUUCAUCCCGCCCGCCCAUCAUGGCUCUCUCUCAGAAAAUCACUACCCCGACCUGCACAUACGAGCAGCCCCUCGGCCUCUUCAUCAACAACCAGUUCGUCAAGGGCGUCGAGGGCCGUACUUUCGAGACCAUCAACCCCCAUAAUGAAAAACCCAUCACCGCCGUCCACGAGGCCACAGAGAAAGAUGUCGAUAUCGCCGUCGCCGCUGCCCGUGCCGCCUUCAAUGGGCCCUGGAAACAUGUCACCCCGACAAACCGUGGCCGCAUGCUCAUCAAGCUGGCUGAGCUUAUGGAACAGCACAGUGAUACCCUGGCUGCUAUCGAAGCCCUGGACAACGGCAAGGGCCUUCUCCAUCGCCAAGAUCGACGUCGCCAACUCUGCUGGCUGUAUCAGAUACUAUGGCGGCUGGGCGGACAAGAUUCACGGCAAGGUCAUCGACACAGACUCCGAACCCCUCUUUCUGCCCUUUACGUAGGACAGCUCGUCGUCGAGGCUGGCUUCCCCCCAGGUGUCAUCAACAUCAUCUCGGGCAUUGGCCGUAUCGCCGGUGCUGCUAUCGCCUCCCACAUGGACAUUGACAAGGUUGCCUUCACCGGCUCCACCAUUGUCGGCCGCCAGAUCCUGCAGGCCGCUGCCAAGAGCAACCUGAAGAAGGUCACCCUCGAGUUGGGCGGCAAGAGCCCCAACAUCGUCUUCAAUGACGCAGAUAUCGAAAACGCCAUCUCCUGGGUCAAUUUCGGUAUCUACUUCAACCAUGGCCAGUGCUGCUGUGCCGGUAGCCGUAUCCUGGUCGAGGAGGGUAUCUACGACAAGUUCCUCGAGCGCUUCAAGGCCCGUGCUCUGCAGAACAAGGUCGGCGACCCGUUCCACGGCGACACCUUCCAGGGUCCCCAAAUCUCCCAGAUCCAGUUCGACCGUAUCAUGGGCUACAUUGAGGAAGGAAAGGCCGCCGGUGCCAAGGUCGAGAUUGGUGGUGAGCGUCUAGGUAACCAGGGCUACUACAUCCAGCCAACCAUCUUCACCAAUGUCACCGAGGACAUGAAGAUUGUCAAGGAGGAGAUCUUCGGACCCGUCUGCUCCGUGCAGAAGUUCAAGGAUGAAGCAGAGGCUAUCGAGAUCGCUAACAACACUUCAUAUGGUCUUGCCGCUGCCGUCCACACCACGAACCUCAACACUGCCAUCCGUGUCUCCAACGAACUGAAGGCUGGCACCGUCUGGGUCAACAACUACAACAUGAUCUCUUACCAAGCUCCUUUCGGCGGCUUCAAGGAGAGCGGUCUCGGCCGUGAGUUGGGAGAAUACGCACUCGACAACUAUACCCAAGUGAAAUCCGUCCGCAUUCGCCUGGGUGACGCCCUUUUCGGUUAA